AUGACCCCAAUCAAUCAGAGUCAAAAACCGUGGAUCGGUCAACAACCGGUCACUAUAUGGAAUGUCUGGGACAAAUUCUGGAAAUAUGGGUGGACAGUCCUCGUGUUUACGCUGGGCUUUUUCUUGCACGAAUGGGCGAAGCACUGGUUACGGUCUCUAGGUCUAUUGCCUGAGAGCUCUACCGAUGUGAAGAUCAAAGAGAUCCACCCGGUUGUUAUACGCCUAGAAUCGUUCUUUGACCGGUCAUUUCCUGAUUUCCACCCUAAAAAGGACGAUCACAAACACCUCCAUUGGCUUCAGCGACUGGAAUCAGUCGUUGAUGAAUUCAUCAAAUGGUCUAAGGAAAACCCGCUGACCAAUCUCCCACCGGUCAUUACAGAGACCAGCAAUCCAUCGACCGAUACCCAACCGAUCAUUAAAAAGACCGGCGAACUACUUGAUCUCAUAGAUGGAUUGGUGACCACUCUACACAGAAUCCAGGCGCAACAUGAGCAUCUGGUCUCUGAGGCUGCGUCCUCUGCUGGUCAGGAGAACCAAGUGACCGGUCAACAACCAAUAUCAACCUCUCCUCCACCUCCUCCACCUCCUCCACCUCCUCCCCAGAUCCUGACCCCCCUGCCCCCAAUCCCGACAACUCCACCGAGGAACCCAUGA